AUGUUAGAAAUAUUCCAGUACCUGGAUUGGAAGAAGGACCAAGAAGCUUCUUCUUUGGUGUGCAAGCGGUGGCUCAAUCUAGUGAGGUUAAGCCGCAAGACUAUUCACAUCCGCUUCUCAGAUGGCACCGAUGCCCUCAUCAAGCUCUUAAGCGACCGCUUCUUCAACAUUCGCAAUGUUUGGGUUGAUGAAAACUCCUUAAUCUCUCCCGCUCCCAUAUAUGGGAGACCAAGUCUUAUUAAUCGAUUUCCUCUUAAUGAAAUAUGGAAAUCUCAACUAGAUGAAAUGAGAGAGUGUCGUUUAUCAGACGCGGGGUUGGCUGCCAUUGGAGGUGGCUUUACCAAACUUGAGAGUUUGAGGUUGACUUUGUGCAAUAAUGUAACAGAUGUAGGGCUAAUAUCUAUUGUUGAGAAAUGUAAAUUGCUAAAGUCUCUGGAUUUACAGUACUGCUGCGUUGGAGAUAACAGUCUAGCUGCUAUUGCAAAAUAUUGUACUCGACUCGAAGAUUUGAAUUUAGUGUGUUGCAAAAGUUUGACUGACACGGGAUUCGUUCAGUUAGCCCACGGUUGUGGGAGAACUUUGAAAUCUCUUCGUCUUGAGUUCGGUGAAAGUCUUACUAAUGUCUCGUUAGAAGCCGUGGGAUUUCACUGCAUAUCUCUUCAAAUUUUAUCGAUAAAAUCAGAGUUAAUCAACGACGAAGGCUUGCUUUCUAUUUUGAAAGGAUGCUCUCUAUUAAAAUCUGUAAAGCUACACUGCCAAAACAUAACGGAUGAAGCUUUGCAAGCGGUUGGACGUUUCAGUUUAUCAUUGGAGUUACUAGCUCUACACGACUGUAACAAAUUGACGGACAAGAGUCUUUGUGCUAUAGGGAAAGGAUGUAAGAUGUUGAAAAGUCUUAGCUUAGUCAAUUGCCGAGCUUUGAGUGACUUGGGUUUGGAUUUUGUUGCUGUUGGUUGUGUGGAGCUUAUGUGUCUUGAAGUCCGUGAAUGCUACAAAAUUGGAAUAGGCGGACUGAAAUCCGUUGCAAAAGCUUGCACUCGCCUUUCUAAGUUAGUGGUGCAGCAAGGGAUGUAUCAGCAAUUAGAUGUUGAUGCACUAAGUGACAGUGACAUUAGCUGGAAGUACUUGCAAUCUCUUCAUUUAAUCAGUUGUUCAAGUAUUGGGGAUGAAGCCUUAUGUGGUAUAACAAGAGGGUGUAGGAACUUGAAGAAGCUGAAUAUUUUCGAUUGUCCUCGGGUGGGGAAUGAAGGAAUAGUUUCCAUUGGUUGGAAUUGUAAAUUUCUUACAGACCUCACCAUAAGUUACUGCGAUCAGGUUGGGGAUGCUGGAAUUAUAGCAAUUGCUAGAGCUUGCCCACAACUCAGUUUUCUGGAUGUAACAGAUGCAAAGAAGCUGGGGGACGAAGGUAUGGCGGCAAUAGGUGAAGGCUGCCCAUUACUUAAGGAUUUGAAGAUAUCAGGCUGUCAACAAAUAACAGAUAUGGGCCUCAGCUAUAUAAGUAGGAACUGCAAGUUAUUAGAAUCCUGCAACAUGAUGGGCUGCAAUGGGAUUUCAAUUACCGGAGUUGCAACCUUUAUCAACAGUUGUCCAAAAAUAAGGAGCGUAUCAAUUGAGAAGUUCAAGUUUAGCCAAAGGACUGAAAGUCGAGUUCGUCAACGGAAGAUUAGCCUAUGGACCAAACUUCGAGUCCGUCAAAGGAAGUUCAGCUCAAGGACCAAGCCUCGAGGUCAUCCUCUCUUGCCUUGGGUUUGA